AUGGAAGACACUUCAUCUCCUCUGCUACAAAAGAAAAUGUCUAUGAAGUGGUUUCUCGCCUUUCCACCAUCGAACAUAGAAACUAAAGAAAUUUGUGAAUCAGAAAAGACAACUACCAAACCAGAAAUGCCAUUAAAGGAACGAGAUACUUGUGAAGCAUUGAAUGUAUUCAAUAAAAACGUUAUCCAGUCACUAGGUCAAAUCGCUUCCAAGAUAGAAUACGAUUUCCUCGUCUGUGGCGGGGCGGCCGGAAUAGAUACUCACUCUGUUUACCUGUAA